AGACUUCAUCAACAAUUGAUACUCAGUACAGAAGAUUUCAUGAAAGAAUGACCUGCUCUUACACAUAUCACUUUACAUUUGGAUCCGGGAAUAAUGUCUCUCCAGUAACCCAACCACAAACACAGAUAGAAAAAAGACUGUCGGAUGCUUUUGAGAAACGCAUUAAAUCUGUGGAAAGCGACAGAUAUCAGAGAUCUAAAUCUGAGGGAUAUCGAUCACCAUACAGUGAAAAGUGGUAUUCGGUCAACAAUUUUCCACGUCUUUCUUACCACCAUCAACUGGUCUCUAGGCUUGCAACAAAGAUGAGAGAUUUAAGAUCAUCUUCUCAAGUUAAUGAAACCAUAGGUGUCAAGAGAGUUCAGCUUUACCUAGCCGGGGAAAUUACAAAAGACACUGAGAAGUUAAUUACUUCCUCGAAGGAAGAGCAUGUAAGGUGCUCCCUGAAAGGUGAAAAACGAUGGCCUGUGUCAGCACUUAUCUAUUUUCAAAGUGAGAAUGAACCUUUAGAUAGAAUAGAGGAGCUUCUCGAUUCCAUUCGGCCAAUUGUUUGGACCAAAGCUUAUAUAGUCCUUAAUCAAGCUGCACGGCCAUCGGAGGACACAUUUCAAUCAAAAUACUCGAUGCUCACCAGAAAAAAGAAAUGUGUUCGGGAGGCUCUCACCUCUUUCCUAGAAACACCUUUGAAGAAAUGCAUUGAAGGGUUUCUUGAAGAAUUGAACGUUGGCGAAGGAUCGAGGGAAGAAAUACCAAAGAUACUGAAUGAAUGCAAAUCAUUGUUAUUGCAAAUGUCAUCAAAAAGAAAUGAAAUGCAAAUCCCGGAAACGAUUAAAAACCUUCUGUUUGAGAGAUACGACGUACAUGGCUUUGGUAUCUGGGAUACAUCAGAGUUUAGAGUAUUUGUAAGAAACAAGGCAGACAUUGAAAGUCUGAAAUAUGAACUUUUCAAACUUGAACCUGAAUUCUUAAACACUUUGUCACUACAUAUCGUAUCAGGUGAAGUGAAAAUUUACAGCCACGUGAAGCAAGGAGAAAAAGUUUAUUUAGAUAGAAAUGGAGAAAAUUCAAAACCUUCCUAUGCAACAGCUGGCGCUCUUCUGAAAGACAAUCUUGGCCAAGACGAGGUGUAUGGAUUGACGUGUCAUCAUGCAUUACCUAGGGAGAAAGAGUUUGUGUACGUUACGUCUCUAGAAACUACGCAACUUGCCCAAGUCGGUGAAUGCAUUUAUUCCGAUCCAGAACCUUUCCACGAUUUUGCCGUUUUCCAAGUAGACGAAGACAAACGAAGGAACUGUGAUACGACCUUUUUGAAUAGAAUGGAAGAUCCAUGCAAUGUAAAUAUUCACCAAGGAAUCAUUCCGUCAAAUGCUGUCGUACAUAAAAAGGGGGCAACAACUAACUUUACUGAUGGUCGGAUAUUGAGCUCGGAGUUUUAUUAUAAGCUGUUCGGAAAUAGAAAUGAAAUGUUCCUAGUCUCUAGUUUAAACUCCAGUGAUUACCCCUUCUCUUUAAAAGGAGAUAGCGGAUCAGUUGUUUUCCAACACGACCGCUCUCCUGACCAGAAAUCUGUUUUUGCUCUAGGCCUGGUUACUGGAGGGAUAGAUGAAGUCCGAGACGAAAGUCUCAAAGAUGUCCUCAAUUCAACAGUUUGCUUACGUCUUAAUAAAGCUCUUUCUCGCCUUUCUGAAAAGAAGCAGUUGAACUUGGAAUUUGAAAACUCUUGCCGUAUAUCUUCAAGUUCAGAUGAAAGUGUAUGAAAGGAAAAUUUCUAUUUUUCAUGUUUUGCUCCUCUAGGUGAUAUUCUUAGAAUUUUGUUUCUUAGAUUAGCUCAUAUACUUCCCUUUAGCAUAAUAUGCCGUGUACAGAAUCCAAUUAUAUUUUACAAUAGACUUUUAGCAUAUUUAUAUGGCGUUUACAAAAUAAACAGACUUGUACAAAUAAA